CGGAAAGUUAUCGGCGUUUGUUUCUCUCGCCGUUUACUCCGGGCGGGGAGCAGGAGAUGGCGGCCUCGGCGCACGGGAGCGGAGGGGCGGCUGCGGGAGGCGGCGGUGGUGGUGGUGCCGCCGCCGCCGCCGGCCAGGGGCCGCAGGUGGUGGUGUGGGAGUGGGAGGACGAGGCGGGCCGCUGGAGGCCCUACAGCAGCCGGGUGAGCGAGCACGUCGAGCGCAGCCUGCAGCAGCUGCACGGAGCGGCGGCGGCCGGCAAAGGAACCAACAGCAUCGCGCUGGGCCAGGCCGACCCCUGGCUCGCACCCUACAUCAUCGAUAUCCCCACCCUCACCCAGUUCCGCCAGGACACCGGAAGAAUGCGAAGAGUCAGGAGGCAACUAUAUGCUCAGUCAUCUGCACCAGGGCAGGGAUUGUUAUGGCAAUGGGAAAAUGAUGAAGGUGGAUGGACAGCCUAUGAAACAGGCAUUUCUAUUUUCAUAGAGGAUUGCUUUACUGGAAGACAGCAAGUAGUUGAUUUGGGAAAUUUUGGAUACAACUAUGUGGUGGAUUUGGCCAGCCUAUAUCAGAUAAAUAAAACUACUGGAUUCAGAAGGCGAAUUCAAAGAUAUUCUGAUGCACCCUAUCCACCACCUAUUUCCGGACCAUUGCACAGAGGUCAAAACUGUUCUUGCCAUCAGUGCCUAGCUUAUACGGGCUCGGGGCCUAUUUUAAAUCGUAGUCGACAUGCUCCGUACAACUUGGCAGGACCUUCUCAACAAACUUCUAGCAGGUCAUCUCUGAUGAUGUCUCCUAACCACGGAUACUUCCCUUACAGUAAGAGGCCAGUAUCUGUGGGUCCAGUGCCCAUCGGAAAUCCAAAUUGGCCUCGCUCAGCAUUAGCUGCAACAGGGUUAUCUACAGCGUCUAAUUCGCACGUUGCCAAUGGUUCAAGCAUUCCAGCAUUACCGAUACAGCUGAAUGGUCCGAACAAUGUGUUCCCAGCAUUUGCAGGCAUGACCGCAAUUCUGAUGUGUGCUGCUGGACUGCCUGUGUGCUUCACCCGCGCAACUAAACCCGUAGACAAUGCUGACUCAAGGAAAAGGGAUAAAAAGCUCAGCACUGCCCGAGAUAAGUCAUUUAAGAGAUCGAAGAAAGUGUCCAGAAAAGAAAUAGUAAAAGAUCCAGAGGAGGUGGUAAAGAAGUACAUGACAAGAAUAGAGGAGCAUCCGGAUGAGGACUGUAUAAUUUGCAUGGAGAAGUUGAGUGCCUUGUCUGGAUACGAUGGAAUGUCCAGGACAAGAACCAUUCAGUCGGAUGCAGUGGGAAAGCUUGCAAGAUGUGGCCAUGUCUUCCACUUACUGUGCAUGAUGGCCAUGUAUGAAAAUGGGAACAAGGAUGGCAGUUUACAGUGUCCUUCAUGUAAGACAAUUUAUGGUGAAAAAACUGGAACGCAGCCAAAAGGAAGGAUGGAUAUUUAUUUAUUACCGCAGUCACUGCCAGGAUAUCCAGACACUGGAUCCAUACAAAUUGUGUACAAUAUCCCUCAUGGUAUUCAGGGUCCAGAGCACCCAAACCCAGGCAAACCAUACACUGCCCGUGGCUUCCCCAGGCAUUGCUACCUGCCCUAUAACGAUAAGGGCAGACAGGUUCUGGAGCUUCUGAAAGUUGCAUGGAACAGAAGGCUGAUUUUCACUGUGGGAACAUCAAGUACAACUGGAGAAACGGAUACAGUAGUUUGGAAUGAGAUUCACCAUAAAACGGAGAAGGGAUCCAAUGUCUCUGGCCAUGGAUUCCCAGACCCCAACUACCUGGACAAUGUCCUUGGAGAGCUGGCUGCGCAGGGUGUAACAGAGGACUGUCUUAGGCAAUAAUAGAAUGUAAUUUGUAAAGAACUUUUGAUUCAGUGCUGUUUCUAGAGAUGCUUCCAUCUUUUGCACUCUUUUUAUUUUGAGUACUAGCUGUGCUUCAUUUUCCUUGAUCCUUUUUUUUUUAUGCGGUAUCAGUCACCACAGCUUGAACAGUGAAGCGAGGGUGCACGGGCUGCAUCUUCUAAAGUCUUAAUGUCUGUAAUUGCAGCACUGGUAGUAGGAGGUUAUGUUCCAUUCAAAGCCAGAUCUAGCUGAGCUGGACUCGCAUGUUUCCCUUCACCCCGGUGAUCCUCCUGGCAUUUAGGAACAUCUCCUGUAUCAUGUUUACGUAAGCAAAGCAUUAACCAGCAAGGAGUUGAAUUAAUUUAAUCUCAUUUGGUCACACUGUUUCUUGGGCAUUGUUGUGUUAUAUUUGACAGCAGCAGCAAUGUUAAUAACUAUAGAACUUGGAAUUCUUGUGCACAUCAUUCUCCUUUCAGCCACAUGUAUUAAAAAUAAUAGUCUGCAGUUCACAUGGAAACCGGCAAUGGAAUCUUGUUACACAUGCACUAGCGUGUGAUCACAGCAGGGUUGGAUAAUGGAGCAUUAUAAUGUACACUAUUAUUUUCAUCCUAGGACGGUAAGACAUUGGAUGUCCAUAGCAUGUGCAUUGGUAUUGGAUCUUGGCAGGCUGAAACAAUGGAAUCUUAAACAUGCACUGCUGUCUGAUCUUAGUUGUGUGGGGCUGUGAAGUCUAGUGUGCAUAAAUUGUUUAGUUUUGUGCCCAUUUCUGUAGUCUGUUUCAUACCUGUAACAAGGUACUAUGACUUUUAAUAAAAAUUAUCACUUUUCUAUUGUGCUCAGGGAGGCCUAAUAAUUAACAAUGAUUUCCAUAUAAUAAAAUCUUUUAAAAAAAAGCAUCAAUUGUAUUCCAUUAACCUCUUUAUUUACAAGUUAUUUUAGUUCCAUGUUUUGCCACACCUCCAGCAACACCUGACACAAGAAUUUCUUUGUGCACUGAGGGUAAAAUGCUUGUGAUCAUCACGUAGCAUUCAGCCCUUGUGCAGUUGGAAAAACUAAGUUGUUUA